AUGGAACAAUCCCGGUUAAUUUCAGUAGGAGAAACUACUCAGACUGAAAAUAUAUUUCAGAGAAAUGACGAUCAUAUUUUGAUGAGUUCUGUUAAAUAUGUACUUGUUCUCGUUACUUUCUGGAUUUUUAUUUUCACAGUCGGAUUUCUCGUUGGGUUGAAAAAAGACACAUCUCACCUCGACGUUAUUCCUACUCUCAUUCAUUAUGAUCCCCAUCUUAAUUAUGAGAACUUGUCUCUUCCACUUUGUCACAUCGAACAUUGGAACAAUAAGACAACCAUAUCGUUUCCAUUCUAUGACCUCUAUAAAUACUUUGCUGAACGAAAAGUAACCGGAUCAGAAGGUCUUUCAGAUGGACAACUCCGUCUUCUCACUGCAUUUCUUUACGAAGAAUAUAUUGUGAUUACUCAUACAGCACAGAAUCCAAAAGGAGUUGGAAGAGUUGCUUAUUGUCAUUACUACGAUUGUAAUCGUAAUGAGUUGCCUGGAACUAGAUUUGAAUCGUUCGUCUUUCCAAUGACUGCAGUUCAUUGUCCAAGAAGAGCCGGUGUCAAAUAUGUUUCAUUGAGCUUUGAGAACAGCGACCCGCCAAAAGAGGAACCAAUACCUUUGCUAAACAGAAUUUUCGAAUAUCCACCUCAUGAAAUCGGAGUGUGUGUUGGUCAAAUAUAUGGAGAAGAAAAGAAAUGGUUAGAGAUAAUAGAAUAUGUUGAGCAUCACAAACUGAUGGGUGCCACAAUGUUUUACUUCACAAUUCUUGAAAUGGAUGAGUACAGUAAAAGAACAAUUGAAGAUUACCAACGAUUAGGAGAAAUUGAGGCAACUUUUGUAAACACUGAAUAUGAGAAAAUCAAUUGGUUAUUCCAUAUGAUUCAAGUUCAUGAAUGUUUCUUCCGCAGUAAGUUUCAUUCGAAAUGGGUAAUUGGUAUCGAUAUCGAUGAGAGAUUGGUGAUGACUCAAAUGCCAUUGAUGAGUUAUUUGAGACAACAAAGUCCGGACACUUGUGAGAUCAAUUUCGGUAGUCGGCGAAUUCAGAAGUUGUAUGACGACCCAGAAAAAUACAUUUCCACGAAUCAAACUCGUUCUUCUCUUUCCUUCUACAAAUAUAAUCAGACAACCACUCAUCGUUGGGGAGCAUUCAAAUCAAUAUUCAAACCUGCAAAGGUACAUGCAAUUCAUUUUCACUGGACAGUUCAACAACACGACGGAUGUCGGAUCAAGACAGCAAAACGACAAGAAGGAUAUAUCCGGCACUACCGUACAACUGAUUCUUCAAGUCUCGCCGGUUCAUGGGUUUCUAUUUUUAAACCAUACACAACUACUCAAAUGGAUUCGGAAUUCUCAAAACAAUUGGAGGUUCGAGUGAUUAAACGAGUCGAGUAUUUAUAUAAACUUCAUCCAGUCUUCUGCGAAACGAUCGAUCCAAAAAUCAGAAAACAUUUUCCUCAUGAUUUGCAUUGUGUCAACUAA